CCGCCGCAGCAUCUGGGGCGCAUGGGGGUGGCCGCCGCGUCCGGGGUUCCGGGCAGUCAGGAGCGCGCGGACUGCUGUCGGGGCGGGAGCCGGCGAGCCGAGGGCGGCUGGCGGCCGCGCCCUAGCGCUGCCGCCCCGGGGCGGGGCCUGUCCCCAGCUGUGGAGGCUUCCCAAGCGGCCGGGGCUGGGCCGGCGGCACCCAGAUGCGGCCGCGGCGGCGCUGAGUUCGGCCGGCGCGGAAGGAUCGCGGCCGCGGCGGCGGGAGGCGCGCAGCAGGUUCUCCGGAGCCGCGGUGCCCACCGCGGGACGUGCGCCCGCGCAGGACGGCCUCGUCGGCGCCACGCUCGCCCCGAGUCCUGGCAAAAUGAAGGACCGACUAGCAGAACUUCUGGAGCUGUCCAAGAAUUAUGACCAGCAGUUCCCAGACGGGGACGAUGAGUUUGACUCGCUCCAUAAAGACAUCGUGUUUGAGACCGAUCACAUCCUGGAGUCCUUGUACAGAGACAUCCAGGACAUUCAGGAUGAAAACCAGCUACUGAUGGCCGACGUGAAGCGACUGGGAAAGCAGAAUGUCCGCUUCCUCACGUCCAUGCGGCGCCUCAGCAGCAUCAAGCGCGACACCAACUCCAUCGCCAAGGCCAUCAAGACUCGGGGCGAGAGCAUCCAUCGCAAGCUGCGCGCCAUGAAGGAGCUUAGCCAGGCGGCUGAGGCCCAGCACGGCGUGCACUCGGCGGUGGCGCGCAUCUCGCGGGCGCAGUACAGCGCCCUCACCCGCACCUUCCAGCAGGCCAUGCACGAGUACAACCAGGCCGAGAUGAAGCAGCGCGACAACUGCAAGAUCCGCAUCCAGCGGCAGCUGGAGAUCAUGGGCAAGGACGUCUCGGGCGAGCAGAUCGAGGACAUGUUCGAGCAGGGCAAGUGGGACGUGUUCUCCGAGAACCUGCUGGCCGACGUGAAGGGCGCGCGGGCGGCGCUCAACGAGAUCGAAAGCCGCCACCGCGAGCUGCUGCGACUGGAGAACCGCAUCCGAGACGUGCAUGAACUCUUCUUGCAGAUGGCAGUGUUGGUGGAGCAGCAGGCGGACACGCUGAACGUCAUCGAGCUCAACGUGCAGAAGACUGUGGACUACACAGGCGAGGCCAAGGCGCAGGUCCGCAAGACCCUGCAGUACAAGAAAAAGAACCCCUGCCGGACCAUCUGCUGCUUCUGCUGCCCGUGCCUCAACUAGCAGCUGGCCAGCGCCUCCAUCACCCACCCCUAGCAGUGGUCAGGUCCUCUGCACCGGGCUGAGAGGCUCCCAGCUCCUCAAAGAAACGAGAGGGUUUCAGGAACUGGAACCCAGCUGUCGCAUGGAAGGGCAGCUGAUACCUUCCGCAGGUUCUUGGGUACAGACAGAUCCCUAAUGUAGUUGUGAGACGUAUUGAAUGACACUGCCUCCUUUCCCUCCCACCCAAGGUCAAGGAACUGACGUUGGACCCGACUGUAGGGUCAAUGUCCAAAGCACACUUCCUAAUGAAGCUCAAGGAGGACUUGGAUUUUGCAGCCACUUAGAGAAUGAACUCAUCAUCAAAACUUAAAUUCGUUUGUCUUGUCCUGAAAGUCUUUUGGUUCUGUCCAAUUUCCAGUGAAAUUGAUCUUGGGAAAAAAUGGGCUUUCUUCAUUUCUGAGUCAUCUGAUUUAUGAUAUGUGAUUUGGGUCUAGAGGUAGACCUUUCUGCUCACCUUCCCUAUUAAUAGAACCAUGGUGAACACUUACUAUUUCUUUUUAUAUCUUCCACCAGAAUAUAUUUUGUGAUUAUUUUUCCAAAUAAUUUUAGGCAUUGAAUAUGGAAAAGCACUCAAAUAGAAGUAUAUAUCAGUCAUAUUUUAUGUAUUUUCACAGAUAACAUUUAUUGAUAACAUUUAUUUAAAAUUUACGUUUUUACUUGAUUGCCUAUACACAAUGUAUUUAAAUGUAAAAUACUAAUAUUCACUAACAUGUACAUAAUGACCAAAUGGCUUAACUUUACCUUGUAAAUAUGUAUAUAAAUAUUAACAAAAACACUUUUUCUGGCUUUUGAUGUUAGUUUGCUUGUUUUAUCUCCCUCCAGUCUGCUUCUUCAUAGUCCAAUUUGGGUCAAACUGUAUUUUGAAAGACUCUGCAUUGGUUAUGUUAGUAAAGACCAGUGUCAAAACUCAUAUAGAAACAGAGACGAUAAAAUUAUGUUCUUGAAAAUAGUACUUUUGUUUUGAUGGUAGACCAUUCCUUUUGUACAUUAAGAUAGAGUAAUGUAAAACUAAAUCAUUCUAUUUUUCAAGUCAACUUACAAACAGAACAUUAUAAAUAUCCCUUUUAUACAUUUGUACCUUCGCUAUUUAAAUCUUGGCUUACUUGUUCAAUUCUUAUUAAUUUUCCCCCACUAGGCUACUUGAGGCUACACCAUCUGGAUGGAACUCUGGGCAUAGGGAGAAAAAUGAUAAACUCAAAAGAAUUCACAUACUGGUGUCUUGCUUCUUCUCCUGAGUUACAAUAGUCUAGCAAAGUCGGCAGGUUUUAGAGAUUUGGUUUCAUUUGCCAUACUUCCUGUCUUUGUUUUGAGUCAACUCUUAACUCUUUUUACCCCUUACUUAAUACAGGAGCAAUUUCAGUCAGCAAUCAUAUUUCUCAGGUCCUCCAGAAGAUGAAAGUUUUGAAAGAGUAGAAUGUGAACUCUGUGGGGCUCACUGCCUGACUUGCUUAUGACCAGAUAAAUCUAGUCCCAUACUUAAUUUAAUUUCAUGGUUUAAACAUGAGAACUGUAGAAAUGCAGUCCCACCAGACUCUCCUCAGAUUUCUCUGUUUCUUUCUGGCUAACUCCAGGGGUAUGUUUCCCCUUUGACUUACUACCCUCUCCCUACAGCAAGGGAAAGUCUUCUUACAGUUCCAUUGUGGUAGUUUUCACUGUAGACAAAAAAAAAAAAAAAAAAAAAAAUUAUCAUAAAUGUCCCACAGGAAAGGACAGCUCACAAAUUGAACUUGUUUGAAACCUAACAUACCUAGCAUGAGAGAGGUUCUGGGUUGUAUCCCUAAUACCACAAAUAAAUAAAUAAAACUCAAAAUAAAAAAAAAAUAAACACUAAAAUAUUUUCUUUCUUUAGAAUCAUCAUAAAAUUUAAUGUUUUUAGGCUCUACAUUUUUAAAAUUCUUUAUUUGAACUUGGAGAAUUAGGUAAAGAUUUCACUUGACUGCACCAAGAGAAUAAGAAGACUGUCACCUAUGGAAAGGGAAGGCUUUUUCUUCUACCUGGUUAGUCACUGUUGUGGCAUGAUGUUAGUUAGGAUUUCAGCUUAUGGAUUCCAUGCUGAGGUUUAAAGCCUGACUCUGCCAUAUACUAGCUGUAUGACUUGGACACAUUAUUUAAGCCUCAGUUUCCUCAUCUGUACAACGGGAGUAUUAGCACCUACCUUAACAGAGCUGUUAUGAGAAGUAAAUGACUAAAAAUGUAAAAGUAUUGAAAACAGUGCCUGGCACAUGUUAAACGUUGUGUUACAUUUAUUGUUACAGAACUUUCUCUUCAACUGAGAGAGCUGUCAGUGACCCAAGUAAAUUAAUAGGUAUGAAGUUCGGAGGAAAAAAAAUAAUUUAUUCUUCUGUUAACAGUCUUCAACAAAAUGGAAUAAAGAACCUAAGAUCCU